CCUACACCGACGAAUUCUCCAGCCUCGGCGCUCCCACACUCCUGCAAGAAGGUCAUGUCGUGUAUUAAGAGCAGGCCGAUGGACGAGGAAGGCUGGUUGGCCGCGAUGUAGGACUCGGAGCACUGUUGUCUCAGGCUCUGUGGAACAAAAGACUUCUUGUUGCAGCGAUCGGGCUGCUUGUCAUAGCAACUGGCACAUGAUCCGCUGCAAACACUGACUGAGCCCAGACACACGGGAGCUCAGCAUCCGAAAACCUGCAGAGAACAUCCAGCGCCUGCCUGCCUGCCUGCCUGCCUGCAGCGCGCCCCCUGCCAUGCACCGCUCCUACCAGCCCAUCCUCCCCUGCGGGAACAAGUACCUGCAGCAGAAGUGGGACCACGCCUGUUACCUGGAGCAUCGACGCAAGGUACAAGCUGCUAAACCAACAGUUGACAACAAUGCUCCUGAAAUCUUCUCGCAUCUUCAACUGAAAUUUAAGAAGCUUAAGCUUGAGGAUGAGCGGCUCUCCAACAUAGAACGAAAUAACAAGAAGCUGCAGGAAAAAAUGUCAACAAUCAUGAGGACCACUGGGCGAGUUGACAACAUAAAUGUGCACAAGCCAAAAAGUUUGAACAAAGAAAUGCGGCAGCGGGAGAUGCAAAGAGUCACUCGUGAGAACCAGGCUAUGCAGGAGCGCCUCAAGCAGGUCGAGCCACAGUACAACCACCUCAAGUGGCUUGAGGACUGGUAUAAAUCGGAGAAAUACGAGAACAACAUUGCCCGCUAUCCCCGUGCCUGGUACACUGCGCAGAGACUACAGCCCAAAUCAAAAGCAAGGAAGGUUAAAUCAGCAAAAAAUUCUGUAAAGAGCAAGAGAGCACAAGUGAGGACAUCAACGUGAAGGACAGCAGAGCAAGGGGCAACAUUCAGUCUUCAAUUCAACCCGCUCAACGUGAAGCUCAGUACCAGCUUUGUCUCCUAGUAAUUGAUCUUCCAUAAACAUUACAGUCUUCUCAUCAACCGCAAACUUCCUUUCAUCAGAUUAUUUAGAUCAGGGGUGGGGAACCUUUUCAUGUUGGAAUGCCUCAUCUAAACUGUAAUCUGUUAGCUGUAAUCUAAUAAGGCCGCACCCAAGAAACUUCAAUUAGAUAUACUUCAAAAUGUACAUUAUUUUGUAAAAAUCUAACUACUAUGUACUAACUUCAAGAAAAUGAAAAAAAAAAUGUUAACUCUAAAGUUAACUAACCUCUUAAAUACUUUGUUGUGACUGCUUUUUGUGGGACCGUAUUUGAAUAUUCGGUUGCAACAUGGAGGUACGCAGUUUCGGCUGAUCUUCUAGAUGGGUAUCCAUCAUUUGUGACCUUUGUGGUCUUGAUUUGGGUUAGGUAGGAGAAUGUAGAGUCGCAGCAAUAAGUGGUUGAAAAGCAAGAAAAUUUUCCGUGCAUGUCACCGAAGACGUGGGUAUUCUAUUGCAUUUUUCCUAGAUCUUUAGUGUCAAAUAAGGACUUUAAAAUGUCAUCUUCUGAGAGCUGAAUCAAUUCCAUCUGUAGUUCUUUAGGAGCCUUGGAGACAUCAACUAGGUGAGGUUGAAAUGCUAAUUUGAGUGUGAUGUCAUGAUUCUCAAAGUCAGUGAACCUUUCAUUGCAUUCUUUGAUUAAUAAGUCUAUAACAGCUGCGUAUUCUUCAAAUGAUUCCCAUGAAUCCUCCUUCUCAUCAAUGUCCUUCGCUAACUGGGGGAAAUGUUCAUCCGAAAUUUCAUUUUGAAGAAGAGUUUUGAAAAAAUAGUUUUUUUCGAAAUGCUUGGAUUUUUUUACCACAUACUGUAUAUAUAGACUUAGUUUUACCUUGCAAAGAAACAUUCAAGUCAUUUUGCUUUGACAUGAUAUCACACAGAAAUGCAGUAUUUCUAUAAUCUUCUUUCAAUAAUUCACAUUGCUGAUUCUGUUCGUCAUGAAAUCUAACUAGCUGUUCUCGCAAAGAUAAAAAUUUUGCUAACGCCUGUCCCUGCGAUAGCCAAUGCACUUUACAAUGAUAAGGCAAAUCCACACUAAAUGCCUCAUCGUUCAACUUUAGCAUAUUACAAAACUGACGAUGCCGUGUUGCAUUUGCACGAAUAUAGUUAACAAUACUUAUAACUUGUUCCAAAGUUAAACUUGUUGCAAACUUAAAAUAGUAGAUUUAGCACAGAGAUUUUGCUGAUGAAAAAUGAAAAUACAAAUCAACGAGAGCAUCUGCAUCUGAUAAUACCUUUUUUAUCUGUGCAAUAAACCCUUUACGUUUUCCUGUCAUGGAAGGUGCACUAUCUCUAUAUACACUCACUAGUCGGGGAGAAUUAUUUUGUUGAAUCUUCUUUUACUCUUUGGUAUUUUAAAUACGUUCAUUUUACGAUUAAAAUAAAAAUAAUAGAAGACGAACAAAAACAUAUUAAUAAAAAUAAAAGGAUUUGUUCUACAAAAUUUGGAUUAAUUCAAAAGGCCGCACUUAAUGGCUUAGAAGGCCGCAGGUUCCCCACCCCUGAUUUAGAUCAUAAAUGCAUCUGUCGCUACUUUGUGUGGGAUGGUUUCAGUAACAGAUAACUGACCACCUCUGUAUCGACUAACCAUCUGAAAGAAGCCUGGUCUAAUGAGCUGAAUUUUGAGGUGUCUGACGACAUUUGGAAUGAAGGUCUGACCAGAAUCCAAACUUGUUCGAUCAAUGUUAGGUAUAAACUGAUCCAGUUUAAAGUCAUCCAUAGAUUCCAUUACUCAAAGACCAAAUUACAUCGCAUCUACCCUGCUAUUUCUCCAUUAUGGGACAGAUGCAAAGGUGCAGAUGAUUCUUUAACACACAUUUUCUGGCUCUGUCCUCAUAUACAAAGAUACUGGUCUGAAAUAUUUAAGUGGUUUUCUGGGGUCUAUGGAAAAGAUAUUCUCCCUGAUCCAGAACUGACACUUUGUGGACGCUCAGAGACUGCUUUGUACUUCACGUCUGAAGAACAACAAGCACUGAUGCUUGGUAUGGUGGCAGCCAAGAAAAUGAUCCUAACAGACUGGAAAUCAUCCACACCCCCUUGCUUCUAAAAAUGGCUCAAUGAAAUGAUAAUAAUCAUACAGAUGGAAAGGAUAUGCUUCUACAACUCCAAGGUACCAAACAACUUUUUAAGUGUUUGGGGACCAUUUAUCAACCAUCUCAAAGACCAAUAAUUUCAUAAUUUCAUAUUAUCUGCAGUGAUGUAGUCCUGUGACCUUUACUUCUGCUCUUGCAAUGCAUGACUGUGUAGCACCAUGUGGAUUGUACCAAUACUGUUAUGU